AUGGAGGAGUUGUUAGUCCAAAUUAGACGGGAAUUGGACAUUGAUGUGUCGGAUGUUGGAGAUACGAGCAUUAAAGUUGAAUAUAAGGAAGGGUCGCUUGGAGAGAAAGAUGAAGCUGGAGCAUCUUGUACUGGCUUUAGUGAGGGAGAUGAUAUGGUUGUCGAUCCGUUUGUAGAGAGGGUGAUGAGGAUUAGGGGGAACACUCGAAAUCUGUCUCACUCCUUUGUAAAAACAAGAACACUCUUCUACCUCACUCCUUCGCCGUCGUCCCUUCACUGGAAAUUUCUCUCCCACAGAUUUGGACCCCACAACCUUAUCCCCGAGGACGCUCCUCUGCUUUUAGAACCGCACCACAAUGGGCUCUCCAUCUCAGAGGAAAGCCAUGACUUUGCGAAUGGGUACACAGUGAAUGAGGAACUGAAGAUAGUGGCUUUAGAAGCUACAAACAAGUCUCACGCACCGUACUGUGAGUGUCUCUCGACGGUGGCUCUGAUGGACGGCAGCGGCAAGAUAUACAAAUGGUCAUACAUGGAAUCGACAGCUUUUAACCCGAGCAUGAGGCCGAUGUAG